GGCUGUGCACAGAACUGCCUUGACAUCAGUUGAGCACAGGCUCAGGAAUCAAGGAAGGAAGGGAGAAUAUCACUUGGUUUCUGGAAGGAGAAUUUUGUCCUUAGUGACAACGGGCUGCUCCUGGCUUUAACCAAAUAUGCCAGGUUUCCUUGUACUGCGGAUUUUUACAAGCAAUUUCUAGUGAUAACCACUGAAACGUUAAGCAGAAUAGACCGUUUGAGGUCCUACUUUAUUCUGGCUUGCAUUAUGUAAACCUCUGAAAAUAGUGGUUUACUAUGUAAAUAUUUCUGUAACUAAUGUUAGGGUGAUUAACUAAUGUUUUCCUGAAAACUGUCUUGGAAAUCUGUUUUUAUCGGAUACAGGACUAUCACACAAGUCAUCGUCAUUUCAUUUUCCUGAUUUGUCAUAGGAAACGUUUUAAAAUACGAUUGGAAUGAUUUAUACAAAAUGAUCUAGAUUUUCUGGUGAGAGAUAAUUGAGAUCUAAUCUGAAUCCCUGACGAACCACAGCUUCCUGCAUUGGCCUGUUGCUAUGGGUAACAUAAAGGGAGUAAAAUAGAACUUCAUACGAAAUGCCUUUAAACUUUACUGGCAUGUACAGGCAUGGAACAGGAUUGAAUUUUUUAGUUUAAUCUUUGAGAAGCUGGUGUGUUGAGGAAAUGUUUUUUCCCUAUUAAGUGAAGAUGAAUUUAGGAAAAGUACUGUUAGGAAAAAUAACUGCCGUUUCUUACGAAGAGCGGUCAGCAACUGUUUCUGAUGGAGAGCUGAAUAGUACUGAUCUAAAAGACUGCAUCAGUGAAAACAGCCUCAGUAGCAAUGCUAGUCUUCCCAGUGUUCAGAGCUGUCGACGACUUCAAGAAAGAAGAGUUGCAAGCUGGGCUGUUUCAUUUGAGCGUCUUCUUCAGGAUCCUAUUGGUGUUAAAUACUUUUCAGAAUUUCUGCGGAAAGAAUUUAGUGAAGAAAAUAUUUUAUUUUGGCAGGCCUGUGAAUAUUUUAACCAUGUACCUGCACAUGAUAAAAAGGAGCUUUCUUACAGAGCUCGGGAGAUCUUCAGUAAGUUCUUGUGUAGCAAAGCUACAACCCCGGUUAAUAUUGAUAGCCAGGCGCAGCUGGCAGAUGAUAUUCUCAAUUCUCCGCAUCCUGAUAUGUUCAAGGAACAGCAACUUCAGAUAUUUAACCUGAUGAAGUUUGAUAGCUAUACUCGCUUUCUCAAAUCCCCGCUGUACCAAGAAUGCAUCUUAGCUGAAGUCGAAGGUCGUCCUCUUCCAGAUCCGCAGCAUGUUCCCAGCAGCCCCACCUCUAAACACAGCGUCAGUUCAGAGAAGUCCAGUAUCACAACACCAAAAAAGUUAAGUGGUAAAUCAAAGUCAGGAAGAUCUUUAAAUGAAGAGUCAGGAGAGGAAGACACUGAGAAGAAAAAAAGGGGAACAUUUUUCUCAUGGUCAAGAAGUAAGAGUUUGGGGAAAUCACAGAAGAGAAGAGAAAAUGGUGAUUAUCCAAAUGAUUCUCUUCAGUCCAAUGGAUUAUCAUACAGACGGGAAUCACAAGGCUCCAUGUCAUCAACUGCUAGUCUUGACUUGUCUGAACCCUCAAGAGUACCUGCAUUUGUACCAGAUAAAGAGAAAUCCCCCAAAUACUGCUGUGUAAACCUUCCGGAUGGUUCAUCUAGCAAAAUGGCUGUUAAAUCCGGAUUCUCUAUCAAAGAGAUGCUCUCUGGGGUCUGCGAGAAACAUGGCAUUAACAUAGCUGCAGUGGACCUCUUUUUAGUUGGAGGUGAUAAGCCACUUGUAUUGCACCAAGACAGUAGCAUCCUGGAGUCUCGGGACCUACGUUUAGAAAAACGCACUUUAUUUCGCCUGGAUCUUGUUCCUAUCAAUCGAUCAGUUGGUUUGAAGGCUAAACCCACUAAACCAGUGACAGAGGUCUUAAGGCCUGUGGUUGCAAAAUAUGGUUUAAAUCUUAAUGAACUUGUGGCAAGACUAAAUGGUGAGCAGGAACCACUUGAUCUUGGUGUCCCUAUAUCUAAUCUGGAUGGUCAACGAGUUGUUCUAGAUGAAAAAGAGCCAUCGAAGGGUAGAGUGUUUACAGAUAAACAAAAAGGUGCAUCAGUAAAACAGACUGCAACUGUAACUACUUCAAGGAAUCAAGUAUUUACUGGAGAGGGAAGAAGUCUAGGAAAGUCUAAUUCUAUCAAAAUGAAAGGCGAAAAUGGAAAAAAUGCUAGGGAAGUCCGGCUGUCAAAGAGAGAAGACUCUAUUGCAAAGAUUGGGAAAAAAAAAUGUCAGAAAAUAAAUUUGGAUGAAGCAGAGGAAUUUUUUGAACUCAUAUCCAAAGCUCAAAGUAACAGAGCAGAUGACCAACGUGGACUGCUAAGGAAAGAAGAUCUUAUUCUUCCUGACUUCCUUCGUUUACCGCCCACUGGACCAGAACCAUCCUCAUCUACUCCCAUAGGCCCUAAAGGCCUCAACAGGCGAGUUUCAAAAAAUGAUGGCAAGGAUGGGUGUACAUCACCAGGUGGAAAACAGGAGUCUGUACAAAACUUUAAUGAAAAUUCAGUUAAGAAAAUGAGUUACUCAGAAAAUAAACAUAAAUCUGCUUUGACAGCACUCCACAGUCAGAAGACUUUCAGUGUUCCUUUUAAUACUGCAUUGUCUCCAAUUCCGCAUGCACAGGAAAACAAUGCAGCAAUAUGGAAAAGGCAGUCAAGAGAAUUACAAGCUGAAGGCAUACAGAUGGUAGAUGAUGAGAAUGUGGCAGACUUGACUCUUGUGGCUGAAGGAGAUAUUAGUAGCCCUAACAGCACUUUGCUACCACCGCCACCACCAACACCACCAUCAGACAUCAGUAAACUCACAGAAGCCAACUACCCACCCCCAACUCCUUUUGCAGGUAAUCAGGAAAAAUCUGGAUAUCAAAGAUCCAAUUCAGGUGCAAACCACAGAAAGAAAAAAGAUUCACAAGGGACUUCAGGAAACUCUUGUGAGCAGACAUCUCACAAAGCAAAGACCAGCAGAAGCUUUAGUCCUCCUGCUGCAAGAGACAAACCUGGAGCGGAGCUCCCUGUGAACAGGAUAAUUGAUGUGGAUGGAGUCAAACUGGAAGACACUGGCAAACGCUCCUGUGACGAUUCUGAAGGGAACCUCAGCUUUGAAGGUUACAUCUCUGAACUGAGAUCUUGCCAAGGGAGGAUGAGGACUGGAGUUUAUAGGACCUCAGACCUUCCCUCUCUGAUUACUGUCAAGAGUGAAAAGAAUAAGGGCACUGAGAAUCAGUAUAAAGCUACUUUUGUUUAA